GGUAAACUGGUAAAUCCCAGUGAGCAGAGUCGUCGGGUCGUCUCGGAAGCUGCUGCGAUUUUUUACCAAAAGUCACCGUUUUUACCGCCGGUGAAUUUCCACGACGGCCAAUCUCCCACCUCCACAAGCGCCGAUCACCAUCUCUCUCCCUCUCUCCUCUUUUCCGAUGUUUAGUCGCCAUUCCCAACCGGAGAUUAUCCCCAAUCAGAUUGGUAGCAGCUCUGCUCCCGCUGCAGAAGACCAUGUCUCUGCCUCCGCUACCUCCGGUCACAUUCCUUACGACGAUAUGGACGAAAUCCCUCAUCCCAACUCCGUCUAUGCUGCCUCCGAUUUGCUUCCCGAUGGUUCUCAAUUGGUGCCUCACCACCGAUCCGAGGGCUCCGAAUUACUUGGUUGCCGCCCGCCGGAGAGAGCCAAUCAGCUUACGAUCUCGUUUCGUGGUCAGGUUUACGUUUUCGAUGCUGUUGGUCCUGACAAGGUCGAUGCUGUGUUGUCGCUAUUGGGUGCUUCUACUGAGCUGUCUUCUGGGCAGCAGGUGAUGGAAGUAGCUCAGCAGAAUCAUUUGCCUGCUGUAGAAUACCAGAACCGCUGUAGCCAUCCGCAACGGGCACAAUCCUUGGAUAGGUUUCGGAAGAAGAGGAAUGCUAGAUGUUUCGAGAAGAAAGUUAGAUAUGGUGUUCGCCAAGAAGUGGCGUUAAGAAUGGCACGUAACAAAGGUCAAUUCACCUCUGCAAAGAUGACCGAUGGGGCCUACAACUCGGGCACAGACCAAGAUUCUGCACAAGAAGAGAGCCAUCCAGAAAUAUCGUGUACUCAUUGCGGCAUUAGUUCCAAAUGUACACCAAUGAUGCGGCGUGGCCCUUCAGGCCCCAGAACUCUCUGCAAUGCGUGUGGACUCUUUUGGACUAACAGGGGUACAUUGAGGGAUCUCUCCAAGAAAACAGAAGAGAAUCAGAUGCUAAUAACAAAACCUGGCGAAGGUGGGAAUGAUGCCGAUGCUAACAACUCGAAAUCUGAACCUGCAACUGUCGAAGAGCACACUGCCUUGGUCUCUCUUGCUAAUGGAGAUGGAUCUAAUCUGUUAGGUAAUCACUAAAUACUGUGAUAAGAAUCAGAAGAUAGAAAUCCUUGUAGAAUCAGUUGCUUUUCUCUAUGUAUUAUAGAAACCAUCUGUAACCGAACCUCAAAUCAAAUACCAUAUCAGAUGUCUUAUGGUUUCAAAAGUCUGAUAAUAGGAAUAGUGUGCACUGUGUUUAUAAC